AUGUUUCAAAUCGCGAUUUUGUACACCGGAAGCCUAGAUGACAGGUCCAACGCGGUAGCAUCGCUUGUCUCGCUUGCGAGAGACAACGAUUGGUAUGGGAAGUUGAUAAUUGAAGAAGGCGGAGUUAAUCCGUUGCUGAAAUUGGUGACAGAAGGGAAACUAGAAGGUCAGGAGAACGCUGCGCCUGCAAUCGGAUUGCUAGGUCGUGAUCCUGAGAGCGUUGAACACAUGAUUCACGCCGGUGUAUGCUCGGUGUUUGUUAAAAUUCUCAAAGAAGGUCCCAUGAAAGUGCAAGCAGUUGUCACCUGGGCUGUAUCGGAGCUCGUAGCUCAUUAUCCAAAAUGUCAAGAUCUUUUCGUACAACAAAACAUCGUUCGAUUACUCGUUGGGCUUGGAGUUCCUGCUGUUGGCAUGGCAUUCUCUGGCUAUGUUACUCAGCCCAAUGGAAUGGGGAAUUUAGAAAUGACAUGGCUACCUGUUUUGGCUGGUGCUGUUGGGGCUUUAGGUGCUGCAGGAGCUUUAGGGGCAACAUAUUGUUCACCUUAUAUCACAAUGGAUGGUUCUCAUCAUGCUAGGCCAUCUGGCCAGACCUGGUAUUGA